UCCUUCUAGGAAGCAGAGUGGUUUAUGGAAACAACUUCAAGCACGAACGGGUUUGAAGACAAUGCAAAAGCUAUAAAUAGAUGACCCUGAUAAGCUAGCCUCCCACAAACAUACAGAUUCACAAUUCUUUGUCUCUGCCUCCUCUCUCAUUAAGUCUUGUUCAAUUCAUCAACUUAAGCCAAGAAGAUAUGGGUUUCAGUAGCAAAGCUUUGGUUUUCUUCCUGGUAACUAUGAUGGCAGCAGCUUCAUCAAUGGCUGCAACUUAUGAUGUUGGUGAUACUGCUGGUUGGACAAUCAUGGGAGACGUCAAUUACGAUGAGUGGGCUUCUUCCAAGACUUUUCACGCUGGAGACACCCUUCGUUUCGUCUACAAUCCUGACUGCGACAAUGUCUUACAAGUGACGUCUUCAGACUAUAAAAACUGUACUAAAACAGCUCCACUCGCCACCUACUGGACAGGGAACGACGCUAUUCCAAUCAUGGGGGAUGAUGAUCACUUCUAUUUCAUCUGUGGUAUCCCUAGUCACUGUAAAGUCGGCCAGAAGGUUGAAAUUCAAGUUGCUGCCCACGCUCCAGCUAUUUCACCACCUUUAGCAACUCCGCCACCACCCUCUAAAUCUUCUUCGUCGUUUCUCUCUUGCAGUCUCCUUGUCGGUUUAGUUGGUGCCGCAACUUAUCUUAUUUUCAUGCACUAGUUUUGGUUACAAGUCUUUUUGAGGUUAAAUUCUUUAAAACUGU